AUCUUGUCUGCUGUGAAAGUGAAACGAAACGAAUGCGAAACGACGAUGCCACGGCUACUCCCGCCGCUUGUUAAAACCCCUCUCCUCGGGGUCUCCCCCUUCCCGGCGUUCCCGCGGCCGCCGCCACCACCUCGUCCUCUCCACAUCUUCAUACCCGCAGCCGUCGCGGGGAGAGGUGGUGCCGGGGAGAACACGGCGGCGGCGUCCGGGACGACGGCGAGGGAGCGCCGCUUGGUAAAGGUACGGGAGGAGCGCCGCCGCCGCGAGCACGACCGCGAGCACACCUACCCCGGAUGGGCCAGGGUCCUGGAGAAUGCCUGCAGGGAUGACGAUGAGCUCCGCGCCAUUCUUGGUGAUAGCAUCGGGAACCCAGAGCUCAUGAAGCAAAGGAUCCAGGAAAGGGUGCGCAAGAAAGGCAGGGCUCAAUUCAAUAAAUCCAAGACAGGGUCCAUUGUUGCUUUCAAAGUCAGCUUCCGAGACUUCAACCCAUUGAAUUCAUUCAUUUGGUUUGAGCUCUUUGGAGAACCAACAGAUCGAGAUGUUGACCUGCUUGGCGGUGUAAUUCAGGCCUGGUAUGUAAUGGGAAGGUUAGGAGCUUAUAAUUCUUCAAAUUUGCAGCUGGCUAACUCAAUGUUGGACUAUGAUCCUUCAUAUGAUUCUGACGAAGCUUCAUCAGUAAUGCCAUCAUCUUUCCAUGAUAUCAGUGAUGUUGAGUUCCAAGACAAUUGGGCUAGGGUUUGGGUGGACCUUGGAACCUCAGAUUACCUUGCAGUAGAUGUAUUACUGAACUGCCUAACACAGCUGAGCUCAGAACACUUGGGCAUCAAGCAAGUUGUUUUUGGUGGCAAAAGAAUGGGUGACUGGGAAGAGGGCAUGACAAGCACUGAUUAUGGAUACAAGCACUUCAAGAUAUAAUAGUUCGUGAGCGACAUGCAAUGGUGAUGCAAACCCUGUCUGUCCUUAUCUGCUAGAGACUUUGCACCUCUAGAUGCACGUACCCAUAGUGGCAGAGAAAUUUUGCUGAUGACCGACUUAACUCAAGAUUGUGCCUGGAUUUAGAUCUGCUCUUGUAUGUAAAUAGUUGAUUUUAUCAUAGGUUGUACUGUCGUAACAGCACUGGUUCCAACAUUCUGAAAAGGAAAAAAAAAAGAUGCUGCUCAAAUUAGAACUA